AUGGGAGAUAUUGACAUCAAAGAUGAUGACAAGGCAUUGUCAUUAUAAAAUUAGAAUUUAACUUAGAUUAGUGUUAAUAAACAAUCAUGCAGUCGAUCAUUAUAAGUUACUAACUUUAAUGCAUCAAAAAAUUCAAUUAAAUAAAUGAUCGGAAUUUCUAUUUUUCAAAAUUUGAGAGUAUUAAAUUUAUCUCACAAUCAAAUUCAAAAGAUCGAAGGUUUAAUUAUUUUAAAAUAACUUUGCGCUUUGAUUUUAAACAACAACCAAAUUAAAUUAAUCUCAGGAUUGGAAAAAUGCUUAGAGUUGAAUACUUUAGUGUUAUCCAAUAAUCAAUUAAUUAAUGUAUAGGGAAUCACACACUUAACUAAAUUAGAGAAAUUAUAGCUGUCCCAUAAUUAAAUAGAAGAUUUAGAAAAUUGCAAGUGUAUGAACAUAGAACAAUUAAGUGUUAAUAACAAUAAAAUUCAAGAAAUUCCAAAGUUUUUUUCACAAAUGACAAAACUAAAGAGACUUGAUAUUGGGAAGAACGAUAUCAAAGAUCCUUAAUAAAUGAUUGUUCUGAGAGAUUUAAAAUUAAUUCAUUUAAAUGUAGCAGGUAAUCCUUGUUCAGAUAAGGCUAUUUAAAUUGCAAUCAAAUUUCCUAGAAUUAGAUUUAUUAAUAACUUAGCUGCUGAGAAAGUCUUAGAGUAACAUCAAUCUAAAGUUCCUUAGAAAAUAAAGGAGAAAACAGAAAAGGUACAAAAAAAGAUUACUUAACCUGUUGUUCCAUAUGAUUUAGAACAGGAAUAGGAAGCUGUAAUAAUAAAGAAACCAAAAAGAAGUGCAAUUGUUAAAGUAGAAAAGAACAAGUAGUUUGAUAAGAAAUAAAAACAGAGAGUAAAGAAUAUUAAUUUAGAUGCGGAACCAAAAAUAGAGAAGUGGUGA